CCAAUCAAGCAGACCAUCUGUAGCAGCGGCAGAUCCUCCUCGUCGGCUCCGACAGAAAGGAGGAGAUCCCAGUCAGAGGCAGAAGCAAUCGAUCCAUCGUCCCUCCUUCCCCCCCCCCCCCCCUCUUAUUUAGAAUCGUGAAGUGUGUUUUUUUCAGUCGUUUUUGUUCAGAACAUUGUUGUUUUUUUCGGCCGCCCAAACCAUUCCUUGUGAAGAAAAUAUGUAAGAGCUCUACUGGAAGAGUCUAAGUCGGAUUGUUGGGUCUUUUUUUACACACCCCGAGGACCUGGAGAGGGCAGGAAGAAGGGAGGAGAGGUGCACUUCUGGAGAGCAGAACAUGGACAUGGACCGCGGGUUCUACCGCAAGGUGGACGUCCCGGACCACGCCCACUACGUGAUCGCCUUCUUCGUGCUCAUCAUCGGAGUGGUCGGUGUGACCGGCAACGCCCUGGUCAUGUACGCCUUUUUGUGUAACAAGAAGCUCCGCACUCCUCCCAACUAUUUCAUCAUGAACUUGGCGGUUAGUGACUUCCUGAUGGCCAUCACGCAGUCACCCAUCUUCUUCAUCAACUCUCUCUUCAAAGAGUGGAUUUUUGGCGAGACCGGCUGUAAGAUGUAUGCCUUCUGUGGGGCGUUGUUCGGUAUCACCUCAAUGAUCAACCUGCUGGCCAUCUCCCUGGACCGCUACAUCGUCAUCACCAAGCCCCUGCAGGCCAUCCGCUGGAUCUCGGGCCGGCGCACCAUGGUGGUGAUCCUGCUGGUCUGGCUCUACUCGCUGGCCUGGAGCCUGGCGCCCCUGCUGGGUUGGAGCUCCUACAUCCCAGAGGGUCUGAUGACAUCAUGCACAUGGGAUUACGUGACGUCCACCCCGGCCAAUAAGAGCUACACGUUGAUGCUGUGCUGCUUCGUGUUCUUCAUCCCUCUGGGUAUAAUAUCCUACUGCUAUCUGUGCAUGUUCCUGGCUAUACGCAGUGCCGGCAGAGAGAUCGAGAGGCUGGGGACACAGGUGAGGAAGUCCACGCUGAUGCAGCAGCAGACCAUCAAGACCGAGUGGAAACUGACCAAAGUUGCCUUUGUCGUCAUCAUCGUUUAUGUCCUUUCAUGGUCGCCGUACGCGUGCGUCACACUCAUCGCCUGGGCGGGGUACGGGAGCCACCUCAGCCCCUACUCCAAAGCGGUGCCGGCUGUCAUCGCCAAAGCCUCCGCCAUCUACAACCCCUUCAUCUACGCCAUCAUCCACUCUAAAUACAGAGACACACUAGCCGAGCACGUGCCCUGCCUGUAUUUCCUACGACAGCCGCCCAGGAAGGUGUCCAUGUCCCGGGCCCAAAGUGAGUGCUCCUUCCGGGACUCCAUGGUGAGCAGACAGUCCUCGGCCUCCAAGACCAAGUUCCACAGGGUCUCCUCCACGUCGACCGCCGACACACAGGUAUGGAGCGAUGUGGAGCUGGACCCCAUGAAUUAUGAAGGCCAGUCCCUUAGGACGAGUCAUUCCCUGGGGGUCCUGGGCCGAAGCAAGGAGCACAGGGGACCCCCAGCCCAGCAGAACAGGCAGACAAGGAGCAGUGACACGCUGGAACAGGCAACAGUCGCGGAUUGGCGACCGCCAUUGACCGCUCUCCGAUGUGACCGCAACUUCCUCCCACAACCUACCCAUCCACCUUACAAAAUGGCCGCUGCCACACCACUCCAAGCCACCACCGUGGACAAUGUCACCCCAGAGCACUGGAACAAACACCCUAAUAACAAUCAUAAAAAUCACAACAACCGUCAUAACGGUAAUAAUAAUAAUGAGGAGCAUGAGUAUUCGGGAAAAGGCGGCCGACAUUGUCAGAACCAUCCACACCACAUCGACGUCAAAAACAGCAUUAGCAACUGCAAAAAAACCUGUGAGAAAGACACGUUUUCGAAAGAGCCGGUGCCGUGCAACGCCGCGGAUGACGUGCGUUUCUCUCCUCGGUCGACACACACGAUUCAGCACGCCAUGGGGACUCCCUUCCGCUACAUGCCAGAGGGGGACAUCGCCUGCCAGGAAAGGCUAAGCACAGACCGGAGCCAGCGGGGAGACCCACUGCCAGACUCGAAGAGCUUAAACUGUACCGGCGAUGUGCCGGUGUCUGCUCAGAGGUGCUCCUUUCCCCAUGAAACGAGCAGGAACCUAGAGGAAAGCUUCAUGGCUUUAUAGUUAAGGACCUGUGUGUUUGUCGUGUGUGAUCGAGAAGUGUUUGUAGUAUCAUCGUUUAUUUUUCUCCCCUCGUCGUCGAUGGCUUUACUUAUAACUUCUAACGACCGAGUUUGACGACUAAACAAACAAAAGAGUUCAAA